AUGAAGCUGUGGACAGCCACUGGUAUCUGCUGGGCGAGUACAUGCAUGAGGCACGUGCAUCAUCCUGUGUUAUGCACAGCUGGACGUUAUACACUUGGUAACGUCUUACCUGUAUUCCCUCUUAUCUAGUAUCUUCUGACCCAUCCGAUCAAAAUGCCCCCUUCGCAAUGCGUCAAGGAUUAUAUCAAGGAUUUGGGCAAGGUUUUCGCAGUUCGUUUGAGGCGCCCGAAAAAGGACGGACCCAGACAACGCAGCUCGACAACCGCCGAUCAUGAGGGCGCUGGCUUCAUCCAUGCCCAAGUCCCUACCGUCUCUCACUUUUCUUCACCAAUACCCUCUUCGAAUUCAUCGCUAGUACACUCUACGAGCAGCAGAGAACCAGGUCUCGAAUCCAAUGUUCCAUUCGCUAGAUACUCUGGGAGUGUAUCAUUUACUCGCCAAGCUUCUGAUAUGGCUCAGCUAGCAUUACCCUUGGUACAGAAUAUUGCAAGUGCAAUUCCACUUGUCGGUGCUCCGAUGCAAGCGGCUAUUAGUGGAUUGUUGACAGGCCUUCAAGCCAUAGAUAGACAUAGCCAAAAUGAGGCGGACCUCAAUAGCCUGAUCUCACGACUUGGUCGACUGAGCCGCGAAUUGUGCAAUGCCUCGCCUGCCUCGGAUCCUGUUGAACAAUCCCGAAGGGAUUUCUUUGUUAGGUAUCCACAUCAUCGGCGUAUGCUUGGAUUUACCUGACAUCGAGUUGCACUCAGAACGCUGCAAGACACCUCAGCCCGAGUGACAACGUUGCGCGAGCGUUGUCUUGCAUCCCCACUUGUCACACAA